CAAAGAGAACCCCCAUCAAGCCACAAGAGUUUCAUCAAGUCAAGACGGAGAGUACGGCUUAGAAAGCGAAGAAGUCUUUUUGACACCUGAAGAUGAAAACCCCCUCAGGAGAAUACUGCAGCCUUUUAAAUGGCACCAAUCUGGGAUGGCUCUCAGUAAAAGGAAGCUUCUACAGUCUCUGAUGGGACCCUAUGGCCCACUCAGUGUGUCUUACAAUGGGAAGCCUUGCAUUUUGUUCAAGGCAAAACGCCUGGCAAUCCGCUACAGGAACCACACGUUCAUAGAUCUAACGGAGAAGGUCUUCAGUCCCAACUCACCAGUGGACACUAAAGGCUCCAUCUGCACCAAGGAUAAAGCUACGCUUUCCUUAAAGUUUGGUGAUGUGGAGGAUUUGCGAAGCCUAGUAAUCAGGCUUCAGAUGUCCAACACUUUUUAUGAAGCAGCGGGUCAAAACUGGUUCACACUGGACAGUGUUCACAUCCAGUACAACUGGACCCAGGAGGCUACAUUCAACGCUAGUGAGGUCUACGCUCCUGCCACCUCAUCCUACCAUUGCCAGCACGUCAGCAGCCUGCACAAAUAUGACACCCUGCUAGUGCCCAGCUCCCACACUGACACAUCUGCUAACUGGCACAUAACUUUCACAGAUUUCCAGAUCCAAGCUUUCAAUGUGCAGUCAGACAAGUUUGCGUCGGCCAGUGACUGUGCUACUUUCUUGACGCCAGCUAUCCUGAUGGGCUUGGUGACAUCUUUAAUCCUGCUCCUUGUCUUAGCCUAUGCUCUGCACAUGGUGGUACAUCUCAAGCACAUUGAUCGCUAUGAGGAGCACAAAGCCACCGUCUACUUUCCCCGCAGUCCAGAGGCAGAGUUACCAGACAAAAACAGCCUGUGAAGGAGCAUGAGGAGCCUGAGGAUGAUUGAGGAAAGAUGGGAAAAGAGAAAGAAGAAAGGCUCCAUGGAGAGCAAAUGACAACAAGAUUGAAAAGCUAUCCUCCACAUAAUUUGUUCCACAAAAAGACACAUUUGCUUGUUCAUGUGACAUUUUAUGUCUUAACUACUUUAAAAAAAGCAAAGAAGUGGCUGGAUACUUUUUCUUCUUUCCUCAUUGACCUGCAUCUCCUUUGGACAUCCAAACUUCUCCCACAAUCGGCUUAUUGCCCGAUGUCCAAGAUCAGCGACUGUCCCGGGGUCCUGAAGGGUAACAACAUCUACAAGAUUUUGUCCAAUCCAGCCCCUAAAUCAAGAGGCUUACAAUUGUAGCUAAUACAGCUAACUCAGAUGCUCCAGCUUAAAUGUAUGUAUCACAUGGCUCACAAGUGUCAUAUUACAAGCAUCAAUCAUGGACAUUGUCUUUCUAGCUUUCAUUAGAGUAUACUUUGUCUAACAAUGCUGCAAGAAUUUUAAACUUCAAAUAGUCAAUUUUAUAGCUGAGAUAGCCUUAUUAGCUGCAUGUCCUAAAAAUAGUCAGGUCUAGUAGAGAUUCCUAUAUUUAGGGAUACAGAGGGAUACUUGCUUGAGAUUCAGAUUAAAUAACUCAAUAUGGCACAAAGUUAAAGGAGAUGGAAAAGCCUUGGUGUGUAAGUAGUGUGAGUAUUGGGAACCACUGGUCCAAUAUCUGGAUGAAAUGAAUGGAUCAACACAAAUGGCCCUUUAGAGCCACUGGCUUUUUUCACCACACCCUAGAACAGGACUGCUGCUUGGAACUUAACUGUGAAAUGGCCUUCAACAGACCAAACAGACACAUGGGAGUCUACAAACUAGCACAACAAUUGUUAGUAGCAAAAGCUCUAACAAUAGACUGUAAAAGACUAUUUACAGGGAACUAUGCUGCAUAAGACGGCCCGUCUAAGGGCAUGGCAGUGAAUGCAAGUUUUGGGAUGCCACAUCUUGUUCGGGUCAAUGGUUCGGACAUGGGAGGAAGCAGGUCUUCAUUGGACCACUGGAACUGACUGCCAAAGUAAAGCUACAACUGAGUUGCCAUAACAUAUGGUGAGAGACAGAGUGAGACAAUGUGAAAAUGAAAGUUAACCAUUACAGCUAUGUAAAAAAAAAAAAAAAACAGAAACAAACAAACAAACAAACAAAAAA